GCUCGUGCCGCGCUUGGGGGGAACCGUGGCAGACGCGCCCACCUGCCUCCCGCCCCAGUUCGACCUGCUGGAGAUGGACCGGCUGGAGAGGCCGCUGGUGAACCUGCCGCUGCUCCUGGACCCGUCCUCCUACGUGCCCGACACGGUCGACCUGACCGACGACGCGCAGGCCCGCGAGCACUGGCUCACCUGCUUCGAGGAGGCCCUGGACGGGGUGGUGAAGCGCGCCGUGGCCAGCCAGCCGGGCUCCGUGGACGCGGCCGAGAGGGCGGAGAAGUUCCGCCACAAGUACUGGGACAAGCUGCAGACCCUGCGCCACCAGCCGUUCGCUUACGGGACGCUGACCGUGCGCAGCCUGCUGGACACGAGGGAGCACUGUCUGAACGAGUUCAACUUCCCGGACCCCUACUCCAAGGUGAAGCAGAAGGAAAACGGCGCGGCGCUGCGGUGCUUCCAGCGGGUGGUUGGCGCCCUGGACGCGCUGGGCUGGGAGGAGCGGCAGCUGGCCCUGGUGACGGGGCUGCUGGCCGGCAACGUCUUCGACUGGGGAGCCAAGGCCGUGGCUGAUGUCCUGGAGUCCGACCCCCACUUCGGGUUCACGGAGGCAAAGAGGAAGCUGGAAGAGCGGCCCUGGCUGGUGGACUGCUAUGACCGCUGGCUCCGGAGACUGAAGGGGCCCCCUCACAAAUGUGCCUUAAUUUUCGCAGAUAACAGUGGAGUAGACGUGAUUUUGGGAGUCUUCCCCUUUGUCAGGGCGCUUCUGUCUAGAGGGACCGAGGUCAUCCUGGCGUGCAACUCGGGGCCCGCGCUGAACGACGUGACCUACAGCGAGUCCCUCAUCGUGGCGGAGCACAUCGCGGCCAUGGACCCCGUGGUCCAUGCGGCGCUCCGGGAAGAGAGGCUGCUGCUGAUGCAGACGGGAGCCAGCUCCCCGUGCCUAGACCUCAGCCGCCUGGACGAGGGGCUGGCCUCGCUGGUGCGGGAGCGCGGCACGGACCUGGUGGUCAUCGAGGGCAUGGGCCGCGCCGUGCACACCAACUACGAGGCGGCGCUGCGCUGCGAGUGCCUGAAGCUGGCCGUCAUCAAGAACGCGUGGCUGGCGGAGCGGCUGGGCGGCCGGCUCUUCAGCGUCAUCUUCAAGUACGAGGUCCCGGCCGAGUGAGGCGCCGACCAGCGGGCCGCGCCGCCGUCACCGGCCGUCGCCGACGAGGACCGAGCCAGGCCGCACCGGGCGCAC